AUGGAUGAAGUGACCGGAGCCUUCGUUUCCUGCGUGAAGCCCGAGGCCUGGCUGUCCAGUGGCCCCCCUCCUGGCCCUGGUCAUCUGCUGCUGGUGUGCCACGUCUCAGGAUUCUACCCAGAGCCUGUGUGGGUGAGGUGGAUGCGGGGGCAGCAGGAGCAGCCGGGCGCUCAGCAAGGGGACGUCCUGCCCAAUGCUGACGGGACGUGGUCUCUCCGAGUGACACUGGACGUGGCGGCUGGGGAGGCAGCUGGCCUGACCUGCCGAGUGAGGCACAACAGCCUCGGAGGCCAGGACAUCGUCCUCUACUGGGAGGGGAGUCAUGUGCCGGUGGGCUGGAUCGUCGCAGCAGUACUGGCAUCCCUCCUGCUGGUAGGCGGAGGCAUAACCUUCUGGCUUAAGAAGCGCAGGUCUUAUCAAGACAUCCUGUGACUGUCCUCGCCACACCUGUCUGGCACUCAGGAUCUCAAGUUCCCAGGACUUCGGCACCCAGGAAUUGAGGAUGAAAGAG